AUGGCCGCGGUGUCGGUGUUCCCCGGCGUGCGGCUCCUCACGGUCGGGGACGCGAACGGGGAGAUCCAGCGGCACCAGGAGCAGCAGCCGCUGCGCCUCGAGGUCCGCACCGGCCCCGACAGCGCCGCCAUCGCGCUCUACGGCCAUGAGGACGUCUGCGUGUUCAAGUGCUCCGUGUCCCGCGAGACCGAGUGCAGCCGCGUGGGCAAACAGUCCUUCAUCGUCACCCUGGGCUGCAACAGCGUCCUGCUGCAGUUCAGCACCCCCAACGAUUUCUGCUCCUUCUACAACAUCCUGAAGAACUGCCGGGGCCACAACACGGAGCGCUCGGUGUUCAGCGAGCGCACCGAGGAGUCCUCGGCCGUCCAGUACUUCCAGUUCUACGGGUACCUGUCCCAGCAGCAGAACAUGAUGCAGGACUACGUGCGCACCGGCACCUACCAGAGGGCCAUCCUGCAGAACCACAGCGACUUCAAGGACAAGAUCGUGCUGGACGUUGGCUGCGGCUCCGGCAUCCUCUCCUUCUUCGCGGCGCAGGCGGGCGCGCGCAAGAUCUACGCGGUGGAGGCCAGCACCAUGGCCCAGCACGCCGAGGUGCUGGUGAAGAGCAACAACCUGACGGAGCGGAUCGUGGUGAUCCCGGGCAAGGUGGAGGAGGUGUCGCUGCCCGAGCAGGUCGACAUCAUCAUCUCGGAGCCCAUGGGCUACAUGCUCUUCAACGAGCGCAUGCUCGAGAGCUACCUGCACGCCAAGAAGUACCUGAAGCCCAGCGGGAACAUGUUCCCCACGAUCGGGGACGUUCACCUGGCGCCCUUCACGGACGAGCAGCUCUACAUGGAGCAGUUCACCAAGGCCAACUUCUGGUACCAGCCGUCCUUCCACGGCGUGGACCUGUCCGCGCUCCGCGGGGCCGCCGUGGACGAGUAUUUCCGGCAGCCCGUGGUGGACACGUUCGACAUCCGCAUCCUCAUGGCCAAAUCCGUCAAAUACACCGUCAACUUCUUGGAAGCCAAGGAGGGCGACCUGCACAGGAUAGAAAUCCCCUUCAAGUUCCACAUGCUGCACUCGGGGCUCGUGCACGGCUUGGCCUUCUGGUUCGACGUGGCCUUCAUCGGCUCCAUAAUGACGGUGUGGCUCUCCACGGCCCCCACGGAGCCGCUGACCCACUGGUACCAAGUGCGCUGCCUCUUCCAGUCCCCGCUCUUCGCCAAGGCCGGGGACACCCUCUCAGGGACCUGUCUCCUCAUCGCCAACAAGAGACAGAGCUACGACAUCAGCAUCGUGGCCCAGGUGGACCAGACGGGCUCCAAGUCCUCCAACCUCCUCGACCUGAAAACCCCUUCUUCAGGUAGGGUACACGGGGACGACCCCUCGCCCCCCCCCGGCUCCCACUACACGUCCCCCUCGGAGAACAUGUGGAACACGGGCAGCACCUACAACAUGAGCACGGGCAUGGCCGUGGCUGGGAUGCCGGCCGCCUACGACCUGAGCAGCGUCAUCGCCGGCGGCUCCAACGUCGGCCACAACAACCUGAUCCCUUUAGCCAACACCGGCAUCGUCAACCACACCCACUCCAGGAUGGGCUCCAUCAUGAGCACGGGCAUCGUACAAGGCUCCUCGAGUGGCCAGAGCGGCGCCGGCUCCAGCACCCACUACCUCAACAGCCAAUUCACCAUGGGGGCCCCCAUCUCCAUGGUCCCCAUGUCCAUCACCACCAACACGAUGCACUACGGCAGCUAA